AUGGCUACCUGCCCAGUCGUUGGAACUACCAACAGCGUCCUCCCGCCUAACCACCCAGAAGUCGACUUGAACGUCGAUGGCCAGACGUGCCCCGUCGUAGGCGCGACCACCGACCACCACCACAAUCUCGACAAACACCCCAAUAUUCCCGGCCUCGCCUCGACUGAAGCCACGGCCUGCCCCGCCCUUAAGUCGGCCCUCAACGAGCCCAAGGCGCAGGAGCUUGACGACGGCCUCUGCCCUGUCGUCGGCACCGCCACCACCGUCCUGCCCCCCGACCACCCCAACAUGCUCAACGCCGGGCCUGAGGACAUCUGCCCCGUGACCAAGGCCACCGUCGGCCACCACAAGAAUAAGCUUGUUACCCACCCCAGCGUUGAGGGGGCCGACAAGGACGCCGUGUGCCCUGUCACCGGUCAAGGGCACUAG